AUGACUGGUAAGAAUAGCCGGGAUAUCAAAUCAUCCUACCUUAUCCAGCGGUCCUGUCCUGCUAAGCUAAGUCUUGUGACAUACCGGCCAACCACUUCCACUGAGCUCAACGAUUCAGACAACCUCGCCGACCAUCAUCUCCCAGAUCCUUCCGCCAAUCUAAGUCUAUUGGCCGAAGAGGUCCUGAAAGAGAGGCCGGAUCAGCCCCACCUCACGCUCAUCAUUUCUCAUAGAUCAGUCCCAGUAUGCGACGUCCAAGAACUGUCAACACGGAUGGCCAAACCGCCGCCAUGA